AAUGUUACCGUCUUAUAUCUUUUUUAAAAUAAUGUUAACCUCUAACGCUGAUGUUAAUCAAUCCCAAAGAUUAAAACAGGAUGAAAGGAGCACCAUCGUUAACGAAAAAAGUCUACCCUUUUUUCUUUCUUUUUCCAUGUUUUUAAAGAUAUAUUUGAUUACUUAAAUGCCAUAUUUUUUUUAAAAAUAUCAUCAAAAAUAUAUUGUGUCUCAUACUAUGUAUUUGUUUUGAGCAGAAGAACAAUGGGAUUUCUUCAUGUCCUGAACUUGAUGAUGAUGAUGGGUUUUACCUCAUUUGUUUGCCACACCACCACUGCCAUGCUUUCCCCUGAUGGUGUCAAUUUUGAAGUUCAAGCAUUGAUGGAGAUGAAGGCUUCUUUCGAUGAGGAUUCUCGCGGGGCGAUGUCGAAUUGGGAUGCAAAUGCUGUUGAUCCCUGCAGCUGGAGUAUGGUCACUUGUUCUCCUGAUAAAUUUGUGGUUGGCUUGGCAAUUCCAAGCCAAGGUUUAUGUGGCACAAUUUCACCCCAUAUUGGCAAUCUGACCCACCUUGAGAUUGUGCUUCUGCAGAACAAUAACAUAUCAGGGUUGAUUCCAGCUGAGCUUGGAAACCUUCCAAGACUCAAGACACUUGAUCUCUCCGACAACAACUUAACCGGUGAAAUUCCCGCCUCUUUGGCUCAAAUCAAAACACUCCAAUAUGUGAGGCUAAACAACAACAGUCUCAGUGGAGCUAUACCUAUGGUUUUGGCUAAUAUGACUCAGCUGACAUUUCUGGACUUGUCCUUCAACAAUCUCAAAGGUCCUGUUCCAAGGCUUCUUGCCAAAACCUUCAACAUCUUGGGGAAUACUAAGAUAUGUAAAACUGGAAAGGAGUCAGAGUGCAAUGGGACAACCACUGUGCCUCCCUCCCCUUUCAUCAAUUCACCAAGUGAACGGAAAUCCGCAAAAUCUAAAACUCUGAAAGUAGCAUUAGCCUUUGGUUCAAGCCUGGGAUGUAUCUGUCUGGUCAUUGUUGGGAUUGGUUUCUCAAUGUGGUGUGGACAACGAAGAACAAAACAGAUAUUCUUUGACGUUAACGAACAACACAAGGAAGAAGUGUGCCUGGGAAAUUUAAGGGUGUUCCAAUUCAGAGAACUACAGGUUGCCACAAACAACUUCACAGGCAAGAACUUAUUGGGGAAGGGCGGUUUUGGAAACGUCUAUAAAGGUCGUCUACAAGACGGGACAAUGGUAGCAGUAAAAAGGCUGAAAGAUGGCAAUACAGCCAGUGGUGAUGUCCAGUUUCAGACAGAAGUUGAGAUGAUCAGCUUGGCUGUACAUAGGAACCUCCUCAGGCUUUAUGGCUUUUGCAUGACCUCGAGUGAAAGAUUGUUGGUUUACCCUUAUAUGUCCAAUGGAAGCGUAGCUUCCCGUCUGAAAGGUAAACCGCCAUUGGAUUGGGGAACCAGAAAGCGAAUAGCAUUGGGAGCUGCAAGGGGUUUGCUAUACCUGCAUGAGCAAUGUGACCCGAAAAUCAUCCACAGAGACGUCAAAGCCGCCAAUAUACUGCUGGACGAUUACUGUGAGGCCGUGGUUGGAGAUUUCGGAUUGGCAAAGCUUUUGGAUCAUUGUGAUUCGCACGUCACGACUGCAGUUAGGGGUACAGUGGGGCACAUUGCGCCGGAAUAUCUCUCCACGGGCCAAUCGUCCGAGAAAACCGAUGUUUUUGGGUUCGGGAUACUCUUGCUGGAACUGAUCACUGGACAGAGAGCUUUGGAGUUUGGUAAAGCAGCAAACCAGAAAGGCGCCAUGCUUGAUUGGGUGAAGAAGAUUCACCUGGAGAAAAAGCUUGAUGUUUUGGUAGACAACGGCUUGAAGAACUGCUACGACAGGAUAGAGCUGGAGGAGACAGUACAGGUGGCAUUGUUGUGCACACAAUUUCUUCCGAGCCAGAGACCGAAGAUGUCGGAGGUGGUGAGAAUGCUGGAAGGGGACGGGCUCGCGGAGAAGUGGGAAGCUUCUCAAAAGGUUGAACCCUCUUCUGCUGCUACCAAAUGCAGCAGAUUGAAUAAUGAGUUGUCUUCAUCAGAUAGAUAUUCUGAUCUUACUGAGGACUCCUCUCUUCUUGUUCAAGCCAUGGAACUCUCUGGUCCUAGGUGAUGAUUAUGCCUCUGAUAAAUGGCAACUAAUUUUUGAUUGUAUAUGAAAAUGUUCAAGCUAGUUGUUUGGAUUAUACCCAAACAACUAAAAAAAAAGUAAGUUUUAGUUUUAUUUUUGUGAAAGAAAUUUUGUGGAAAUGUGAGUAUAGAAAUAAUGAAUGAUCCUGUGAUUA